AUGGCGGUGUACGCGGCGCACUUGACGCGGACGCUGCAAGGUACUCCGAGCGUAUUUCAAGUCACGGCACAGGAGGCGCUCGGGUCUACCGUGAAACCUGCGCUACGGAAAGUUGUAGAGUUCCUGUCAGUGACAUAUCCCACCAAGUGUGGCUGGUGUCUACGCUAUUAUGACGAGCUGUAUCUGCUGUUUGAUACAUGUCUACAGUACUACUACCUCAAGCAUUAUGCGGCAUCAUUCUCCGAGAGUUUCUACGACCUCCUCCGAGUGCCAACAGUCACGAAUGAGUUCACGACGGGACAGCAGCUCCCUGUCCACCUGGAGCGAGCCUCACUGGCACUGCUCGUACUGGUACCAUACAUACAGGACCGGCUCGAGGCGCUAGUGGAGCGGUGGAGGGAGGAUGAUGAGGAUGGCAGGCUUGGAAAGUCUGCACCGGACAGAGUCCGUCGUGCCGCAGUGGUAGUAUGGCGCGCCGUGCGCGUGGCGAGCUGGGCGGCGCGCGCCGUGUGGCUGGCGCGGUACGUGGCGGGGCGCGGCGCGGCGCACUCGCUGUCGCUGGCAGUGCUCGGCCUCGGCCUGCGCCCCGCGCCGCCUCGCCCGCCCUACCAGUACACGUGGGGAGAUCUCAUACGGAAUCUAUUCACUGGACAGUUCAGUGGCGCGGAGUGGUUCCCCCUGGUGGGCGGCGGCGCGCUGCGCGUGGUGGAGUACGGCGCCUUCGCGGUGCAGUUCCUGCGCUGGUGGGACACUCGCGCCGCGCCCACUACUAGUCUACCUACACCGCCGCCGCCGCAGCGAGACGAGCGAGCAGUGCGUUGGAAGAACAAGUGUCCAAUAUGUCUGCAGUCCUGGAAGAUACCAACUGUAUUACCGGUGUCAGGCUACGUGUACUGCUACGCCUGUAUAGCGCGCGAGCUCCGCGCGCGGCCGCAGUGUCCGGUCACCGCGCUGCCGGCCACUGAGGCCAGCCUCGUCAGACUAUACGUCGACUGA